AUGGACGAUUUUCCCACCUCAUACUUCACUCCAGCCGCGCAUGACCUCCUGUUUGCCGUGUGCCGACAGCUGGAGAUAAAUGGGAAGCAAGAUGAGGUCAUUGCUGACCUGGGAGCCCGUGAGCCUGGGGAUGAGUUGGCUCUCGUGGAGAGCCUUUUCAGCCCACGCACCGAGGAAUCGAAUAGGGCCAACCAUGUGGUGGCUUUCUACAAGACCAUUAGGUUUGAGCGCAAGCUCAUUAAGAUUCGAGUCACUCCGGGCACAUACAUCCUCCAGGCGAAAGGGCGUUCCGAGAUGUCAGAGCAUUCUAGCAUCGCAACUGUGACCACAGAAACAAGCGCUACUUCAGAAGCCACAUCUGGGAAUUCUUCAACGUAUAUAGAGCUGAUUGCAAAGGUAAAGGAACCGUUUCCGGACUUGGAAAUGGAUGAGGGAAAUGUUGCGGGGGGAGCUACAAGGAAAGUGGGGAAGAACGCGGAGGAGGGGGAGGAGGAAUGGGUUGAACGUGAGGAAGAAAUGGAAGAGGAAGACGAGGAGGAAGAGGGAGAGGAGGAGGAAGGGAUAGAAGAGAGGCAAUACGAUGCGUCACAGCACCUAAUAUUCGCUCGGACGUACACUCGGGUGAACCUGCAUGCCACCUCCAUUCCUCUUACCGACGAGGAGGCCAGGGAGAUGGGCGUAGAGCGGUGUGUCUAUGCUCUUCGCUGCCACGACCUCGAGACAACGUUUCCUGGUGCAGCGCUGCGUGAUGACCUACCACCCAUUACCAGCCUCUUCGAGACCGGCGUCAUUCUCUUUCCCACUCUUGUCUGCUCCAGUGCUCUUGUUACCAAAAUCUAUCAGCCUCUACUGGCCUACUUGUCGCACAGAAACGCUAGCAUGGGCCUUGACUUGGUGGACGACUCGAGCAUCGAUGACAACGCCUCUGAUCCAACGCGGACAGCAGCGGAGCGUCUACUCUCAGGGGCUGCCAAUGUCGGCACAACAGAAAUCUCGGCGGGUGAGGUGGAAAAAGCGGCACAGGCGGCAACUGGAGAGGUUCAACGUCUACGUGAUGAAUUUGCGGUGAAUCUGCACAAAUUUCAGAGCGUUCUGGUUGAGACUGAGUCCGCUCUACAUGGAGUCUUUCAGCUACCUCAGCCUGAUUUCCCACUACCAACGAUGCAACAUUGUCUCGGUGGGCUACCACCCGAGGUCUUUGAGCCUUUUAGAAGUCUGGUCGGCAGAUGGAAUGCAAUCAUCGACAAGACAAUCAACGACCUAAACAAGCCACGCUCAGUGACGGUGGGGCCUUUGGAGGAGGUAGAAUACUGGCGGUAUCGCUGCAAGACCCUUACCACAGUGAAUGAGGCGCUGCGCAGCAAAGAAGUAGUGAAGGUGGUGGAGUGUUGGAACGCCCUCGCCAACCUCGAUGCCACACACUUCGAUCGCGUCACUGAGAUCCGUAUGCUGAUGGCGGAAGCCAAGGAUAAUGCGAGGUUCCUCCUCCUGGUCGAACGUCACUUCAAGAACGUGCAGUUCGCUCAUGGUUUUAACAUGGUGACUGACACAAUACCUGCAAUGCUGCAGUCCCUCCGCCUGAUCUGGACCAUCUCGAGGGGCUACAACAAGGACGAACGAAUGGGUCCCCUGCUGCAGAAGAUCGCUUGGGCUCUCUAUGAUCGCGUCAUUCGUGUCAUGCACAUUCCCACUCUCUUCAGCCACUCUGUGCAGAGCAUCCUUCGCGAGACGGAAGCAGCAAUGCGGAUGCUCACCAUGUUUGAGUCCACUUAUAUGCAGGAGCGCCAGCGCGUGGAGGCCACGUCACAAGACAAUCGGUGGGAGUUUGAUCGUAAGCUCCUCUUCGGCCGCAUCCACUAUGUCACACGCGUGCUGCAAGACAUCCUUGAUAUGGCAAAUUGCGCUAAGGAGUUCUACCGCAUGUUUGGACCCGAGCUGAAGAAUAUAACGGGGGAAAGCAAAACUCUGACGGAGGUCCUGCGUUUGGUGGAUAAUCUAUUCAAUCCUCUCAAAAAUCCGAAUCUGAAGUGCCCUUUCCUACCCCAAAAUGAGAAGUUUUGGAACCGUCUGCAAGAGGAAUUCGCCGACAAGGUGAGCCUGAUUGACGCCAAGGCAAAGAACUUCAUUAACGACUACUUCGCUCACAUCCGCGGUGCAAACAACGCCUUUAAUCUGCUUGAACGCUUCAAGGCGGUGAAGGCUCGUAGCGCCAUUAGUUGCCUCUUGAAGGACAAGUAUCGCGAUGUCCUGCGUAGCUUGAGAGUGGAGUUAUCUCGAGUAGAGCGUCGCUUCAUGGAAAAGAAGGACGACCCCCAGACCGGCCGUUACAUCCCACCAGUAUCGGGAGCCAUCCGGUGGGCGCGUUUGACUCUAAGUACGGUGAAGUACAGCAUUGUGCGUUUCCUGCACUCGCAGCCAGAUCUCUUUGAGGAGGAGGGGGACAAUGAGGCUGAGGCGGAUGUGGAGGCAGAGGAGGAAAUGAGCCAGAAUCAGGGAGCAGGUGACCAGGCGGAACAGGAGGGAGGUGACGCUAAAGUGGGGAAGAAACGCGGUCGAAGUGUACGGCAGCAGUACAUUGAGCUGGCACAUAAAUUACGGGAUUUCGAAAUGGACAAAUUCAGGGCUUGGGAGAGCGACAUUGUGGCCUCAUUAAAUGCCCGUCUUAGCCAAUCCAUCCUCUUCAAAAACCCCACUGUGCUGCCUUUCCAUAAGGCAGCAGUGAACAUCAAACCGCCACCGACAUGGUGGGCAGGAGCUUCACCUCCUGAUCUGGAGCUGCCAGCAACAUUUUCACCUCGCAGUUCAGCCACCUUCGAUAACGGCACUUUUCUGCGUUCCACCAUGGAUCCUUUCAACCCGGCCUCCGCUACAGGCACCAAUGUCGUUGAUGUUAGUGAAGACAUCGUUAAAAGUUAUCCCACCUUCAGUCUUCAAAAGCCCAGCGUAUAUGAAGAGAAUCUCGGAUAUGAGUCAGCUCCUGCUUACGAGGUGAACUUCGAUUCCAACAUAUGGGCAGCGAUUGCAGAGGCGGCUCGUUUAGAGAUGUUAGGUAUGCGUAUUCCUGAAAUGGCUAGGCUUCUCGGUCUGCGACGCCGCUACUUCCAAUUCCUCGUGCUGCGACUGCAGGACAUUGUGGAUCGUUACGAGGCGGUGCGGCGUAAUUUAUCCCCCAUCAAGGCCGCGCUCCUGCAGCUCACUCUUCGGGACUUCAUUGCUCACUUUGAUCGUGGAGUUAACUAUCUAAAUUGGGAUAGUUUAGCAAUUGAUGACUUUUUGGAGCUGGCUGAGAAGAAAAUCCAAUCACUGGAGACACAGUUUAAGGAGAUAAAUAGGUGCUUCGCCAGCCUGCAGCAGGCCUGUUGCAAGAUAAAACGCAUAAAUCUCUUCAAGGAGCAGUCACGUGCAGUGCUAGUCUCUGCCAAGGAGUUUCUUGACUACGCCGAGGCGGCGCGCGAGAAUGACAUGGAGGAGUUGGCCACAGCUACACAGAACACCCUCGCCAAUGCUCUGAGCAAGUUGGAGGAGGCACUGUUCGACACCAGCACUCAUCGAUGUGAACAAAUGGCUUCUGUCUACUUGAUGUUUGAGCAGGGAUUGUUGGAAGCACUUGUCAAUAUGGUUCUAAGGAACGUCUGGCACUUCGUAGACCGGUUGGGUGGGAUGAAACCGGUCUUUCACAUUGAUGUUCUCCUCACUAACUCCGACAUCGUUCUCUAUCCAACUACUGGGGACCUCUAUAAGUGGAUGAUACAAACCAUUCGAGGAUGCACAGAUAGUACGCGUUUUUUCGUGCGAUGGAUGCGCGGAACCUGCCUUCCCUGUCCCUCCACACGAGGUGGUGACGGGGAGCGGGUGGUGAACAUUAACUUCUCGCAGGAGCUGGAGCGCUGCCCUCAAGUCUACGAACCCGAGACCGUCUUCAAUGAGAGGGUGGUCAAGCUUAACCGAAUCGUCAUUGAUUUUCUGCGGCGCCUUGUGCUCUAUACCAUGCUCUGGCAUCAGGACAAGAUGAAUGUGGUGGAGAAGUGGGUACAUAAGAAGCCACGCACGACCCGAGAUUUCGAAAUCCGCAUAAUGACGCUGCAGAAUUGGGCGGAGAGUCUCGCGCGGAUUAUUGGGCCACUGCGGGUGGUGCUAGCGGGCGCGUUGGGCCUGCGCAUGGGCUCCUUCAUGGACAGUGUAUACACACACCUCAGCGACUGGCUGCGCAUCUACCUGCGCUUUGUGUACGAAACCGCAGAGCAGAAGUAUGCCAGUGUCAUGAAAAUCCUACUAGAGAAGCGCGGGGUGCUGAAGAAGAAGCCUGUCUCCUUGGUGCAAAUGAAGCAGCUACUGAGCGUGAUGGGCGAGUUGGAGGGUGGAAUGUGCGAGAUGGUGGACGAGUGCGCCAGCGAUUUGUCCGAGCGCUACCGCCUCCUCCGCCAAUAUGGUGAUCCCGAGUAUCUCCAGCAGGUACCUAAGGAGCACUGGCACUCUCCCAACACACUGCGUCGUCGAUGGAAUGCCAUCAUCUUACGCGCCCUUGAAAUGGCCGCCAACAUCGCACCAAUGAAAGCUCAGUUCGCUUUUGGGGUGCGCGAUGUUGUGCAAGACUUCAAACGGAGGGUUAUGCUCUUUGUUGAAGACUAUAAACGGUCAGGUCCAGGAACCGAAUCACGCAAUCUCGACAACGGUUUAAAGAGUCUAGUCAAGUUCACCAAGCUUUCGGAUAACCUCGAAACAGAGCGAGUAGAUCUGCUUAGCAGUGAACGUCUCCUCGGACUACCAAUCUCUGCCUAUCCUGACUUGAAGACCAUUCGCUCAGAGCUGCACAAGUUGAAACCCAUCUAUGAGCUCUACAUCAAUCAGAAGACUGCACGCCAGGAUUGGGCUUUAAUGCUCUGGAAAGACGUCAAUAUCAAGUCGAUUCAGACGGCUACCCAAGAAUUCAUCGACACCUUCAAGGCGGCACCCAAAAAGAUUCGUUUGCUACCCUGUGCACGGAGGUUGUACACGGACUUGAAAAACUUCCAGGACUCACUUCUGUUGAUUGUCUACUUAAAGGACGAGGCCCUUCGGGACAGGCACUGGAAGCAGUUAAUGGAGAAGACUGGGAUCAGUUUCGAUAUUGACCCACUGACAUUUACCCUGGAGGGUGUCUUCGCGAUGGAGCUGCAUCACUACUCCGAAGUGAUUGCGGUUAUCGUGGCCAACGCUCAACGGGAACUUAUUAUUGAACAGAGCCUGGAGGAGAUAAAGCGUAUAUGGAAGGAGAUGAAGUUCACCCUUACCCUCUACACCAAGUGCAAGGGUCAGGCGUGUCCGGUGCUGGGAGGUCUGGAUGAUACCACCAAGGUGUUGGAGGACAACAUGCUGAGUCUACAGUCGAUUAGUGGGAGUCGCAAUGCAGCGCCCUUCGUCACCACUGUGCGUCAGUGGGAGAAGGACCUAAGCACCAUUAGUGAUAUCCUUGAGAAAUGGGUGAUUGUGCAGCAGAAGUGGAUGUACCUGGAAGUCAUCUUUGUAGCUGGUGAUAUCGCCAAUCAGUUACCAAAUGAAGCAAAAAGGUUUCAGAAGUUGGAUACCGCGUUUCGUAAGCUAAUGAAAGAGGCGAUGGAGGUGCAGUUCGUCAUGAAGUCCUGCCUCACUGAUCGUAAGUUAGAUACACUGUCAAUGCUGCAGAAUGAGCUGGAGUUCUGUCAAAAGGCGCUUAACGACUACCUGGAUGCAAAGCGCAACGCCUUUCCGCGAUUCUACUUCAUCUCCGACGAUGAGAUGCUCUCCAUUCUUGGUGGCAAGGAGGUUGGGUCUAUUCAGGAGCACAUUGUUAAGAUGUUUGAUAACAUAAAAGGCUACCAGUACCGACAGGAUGGCAAGAGCACGAUAAUUACAGCCAUGGUGUCGUGCGAAGAGGAGGUGAUGCCCUUCCAUCGGCCAGUCUACGUGGUGGGUAAGGUGGAGGAGUGGCUUCUCACCCAAGAGUCCGAGAUGCAGCGUUCCAACCGCCUCAUUACCAAGCGUGCCCUCUUCUAUUACUGCUACAAGAAAUUGCGUGUCAAUUGGAUGCUUGAUUUUCUCGGCAUGGUCGUGCUAGCCGCCACCCAGAUCUGGUUUACUUGGGAGACCGAGGACGUCUUCAAGCGCAUGAAAGCGGGUCAACGUCGUGCUCUAAAAGACUUUAACCGCAAACUUCUUGACCAGAUCUCCCAGAUUGUCCGCAUGGUGCGUGGCUACUUGGAGCCUAAUGUAAUGAAGAAGCUCGAAACCGUGCUCAUUCUCGACGUACACGCCAAAGACAUCAUUGAAAGCUUCAUCCGCGAUAGCAUCCACGCCGUUGAAGAAUUUGAGUGGGAGUCCCAGUUGCGAUUUUACUGGGUUCGCGACCUGGACAACCUGAAGGUGCGCCAGGUCUCUGCAGAGUUUGACUAUGGAUACGAGUACUUCGGCAUGAAUGGGAGGUUGGUCAUCACGCCACUCACGGAUCGUAUCUACCUGACUUUGACUCAGGCGCUUUCGCUGUGUUUGGGAGGUGCGCCUGCAGGCCCCGCAGGCACGGGCAAGACGGAGAGUACGAAAGACUUGGCCAAGGCUAUGGGACUCCUAUGUGUGGUGACUAAUUGUGGCGAGAGCAUGGACUAUAAGUCCUUUGGAAGGCUGAUGAUGGGUCUCUGCCGCGUGGGAUGCUGGGGCUGUUUUGAUGAGUUCAAUCGCAUUGAGGUCUCCGUCCUCUCCGUGGUCACCUCACAAAUUCAGGCCAUUCAGACUGCCCUUAAGGCCAAGGCCACCGUUUUUCAGCUGGAGGGCCAGGAGACGGUGCUGAACAGUCAUAUCGGCUAUUUUAUUACAAUGAAUCCAGGCUACGCGGGUCGCACGGAGCUGCCUGAGUCACUGAAGGCCCUCUUUCGUCCCGUCGUGGUCAUUGUGCCCGACCUCGAGUACAUUUGCGAGAUUAUGCUCUUCGCUCAGGGCUUUCUCACUGCGAGAGAAUUAGCCAAAAAGCUGACCACCAUGUACCGCCUGGCGAAGGAGCAAUUGUCCCAGCAAUACCACUACGACUUUGGGCUGCGAGCCCUCAAGUCGGUGCUCUCAAUGGCGGGCGGAAUAAGACGUGCCGAUCCCGAGAAUCGGGAGGACAAGCUACUAAUGCGCGCACUGAAGGACACCAAUCUGCCCAAGUUUGUGCAUGAAGAUGUGGCCCUCUUCAUGGGUCUUGUACAGGAUCUGUUCCCUGGAGUGGAACUCGUCCUUCAAAGCUCAGAUCCCGACCUCAUUUUCGCAGCUACCGCAAUACUCAAGUUUCAGAGGUACUCUGUCAUUGAGGAACAGCUACAAAAGGUAAUCCAUCUGCGAGACACGCUGGCAGUCCGUCAUGCAGUUAUGCUUGUCGGUCCAACACUGGGAGGAAAGACCACUGUACUUAGUACUCUGGCCAACGCCCAAAGAAUAAUGGGUCUUCCCACAAAGCUGCACACCAUUAAUCCAAAAGACCGUUCCGUAAACGAGCUCUAUGGCACCCUGGAUCCCGCCAGUCGUGAGUGGACUGACGGUCUGCUUUCCAUGAUUUUCCGUCAAAUCAACACACCCACGGAGCAGAACGAGCGACGCUACAUCGUCUUCGAUGGUGAUGUGGAUGCUCUUUGGAUUGAGAACAUGAACUCUGUGAUGGAUGACAAUCGAUUGCUUACUCUAGUCAACGGGGAGCGUAUUAAGCUGCAGCCCUAUUGUGCUCUCCUAUUUGAGGUCGGGGAUUUGAGGUUCGCUUCGCCUGCUACCGUCUCGCGUUGCGGUAUGGUCUACGUGGACCCCAAAAAUCUCAGUUAUGAGGCCUAUUGGAAUGCCUGGCUAAUGAGCAUUCACAACGAGAAUAUCAGUGGUGCCUUGGAAUUCCUCUAUAAGAAGUACGUUCCCCAUCUGAUGGAUCUCAUCUUCGAGGGCAUUGUUCCAGCGGGUAGGUUCGGCGGACCCAAAACUCGCAGACAACGUCUCUCCACUGAAUCAGCCAAAGAAGGUGCACUGGCUGGUGGUGCCGCGGCAUCAGCAGGAGGUGGAGGCGGUGGCAGCGGAGCCGGUGGUGGAGGUGGCGAGGACUCCUCCAAAACCAAGAAGAUCAUCCACGUGGUUCCCACCAGCCAAAUGCAUACCAUCAUCCAGUUUUGUUCUUUACUUUCCGGUCAGCUGGACGAGGGCAGCGAACCGGGUAGCGACAAUUGGGGAAAGUUGCCUAGUCUUGCCGAAGCUGAUGGGCCCAAGUCAAAAGCAUCUAAAGACGCGACGUUAGUGGCGGGGGCGCUUGAGGUGACGGAGGAGGGUGAUGAAGUGACUGCAGCAGAGACGGAGACGUUGCGGACUGCAGCGGAGUCGUCAGUAUACACCUUGGUUUCGGCGGGGACAGGCCUAGGAACCAGCGCAGAAGAAGCGGCUGUUGAGGCAGACCUAGCUGCGCCUCAUGCAACGGAAAUGCCGACUAUCGGCCUCGACCCUGUUCUUACUUAUGACAGCCCUGAUGCUUUGGAAGCCGUUUUUCUAUACUGCCUCUUCUGGGCCUUUGGCGCCCCGAUGCAUCUGCAUGAUCAAAUCAUCCUGGAUGAGACUAUCAAGGCGCUUUCUGGAUUGGGAAUGUAUGAUGAAGGGGAAGGAAUGGGUUUCGUUGCUCCUGGUGUGAUUCCAUGUCACUCAGACCACCUCUUUGACUACAUGUUCGAUCUAAAGGAAUUGCACUGGGUGGAAUGGCGUCGUCUCGUCCCCAAGUACAUUCACAAUACAGCCGUGCCCUAUCCCGAAAUCGUUGUACCGACGGUUGAAACUGUCAAGCUUGAAUGGAUUCUCAAAGAAAUGUUUCUGAUAAAUCGACCACUGAUUAUGGUUGGCGAAACUGGCACCAGCAAGACGGCGACCGCCCUGUCCACCAUCCAAUCCCUGAAUCCCGAUGUUACAUGCUCUCUCGUAAUCAAUUUCUCCUCCCGCACCUCCUCCAAAAAUGUUCUCCGUAGUCUCAACGCCAACGUUGAGAAACGUGCCAAAGGAGUGUACGGCCCUAUGCCGGGCAAGAAGCUCAUAGUCUUCAUUGACGACCUUAACAUGCCACAGGAAGACGAAUACGGCACUCAACAGCCCAUAGCGCUGAUGCGAAUGAUCCUGGAGCAUGGAGGGCUCUUCGAACAGGGCAAGGAUUUAGUGUGGCGAGCGUUGAAGGACAUGACCUAUGUGGGUGGUAUGGGUCCACCUGGUGGCGGACGCAGAUCUUUAGAUCCACGCUUUGUCUCUUUCUUCUCCAUCUUUCAUUGUCUACAGCCCUCGGCCGACAGUUUGAAGAAGAUUUUUGGUAGCAUACUCGAUGGUCACUUCGCCAUAGGAUUCUCGAAGAAAUUGCAGGCCAUAAUUGAAGACAUUACGAGCAUGAGCAUUGAGACAUACUUUGAGAUUAAGAACCGCCUUCUCCCUACCCCAACAAAGUUUCAUUACACUUUUAAUCUGAGGGAUAUCUCGAGGGUGUUCCAGGGGAUAUGUCAGGCCACUCCAGGAAAAUUCAAGGGGCCUAAAAAGGUCCUGCGACUGUGGCGACAUGAGGUUCUACGAUGUUUUCAUGAUCGUCUCAUUAGCAAUGUGGAUCAGAACAUCGUAGAGGGAAUCGUAGCAAGUAUGCUAAGAAAGUACUUCGAGGCGGACAUGGACUACGCUGCGAUGGAUCCGAUCAUCUUUGGAGAAUACUGGGCUGCAGGCACCGAGGAGGAGGUGGUCUACUAUGAGGACAUGCAAGACUUCGAUGUGUGCAAGGCCAUCGCCGAGGAGCUGCUGCUGGCUUAUAACGAGCAGGUGGGUAACCUCAACCUGGUCCUAUUCAACGACGCAUUGAACCACUUGAGCAUCGUGCACCGGAUCCUACGACUGCAAGGCAGUCACGCCCUCCUCGUGGGAGUCUCAGGCUCUGGCAAGAAAGCACUUGCCAAGUUGGCUGCAUUCAUCGCGGGCCUACGUACUUUUGAGAUCAGUUUGAGCAAUGCCUACGGCGAGCCGGAGCUCUGCGAGGACAUCAAGCGGUUAUACAUGCAGAUGGCGGAGAAUACAGACCAAUAUACAUUCAUAUUUACGGACACACACGUUCGUAACGAAGGGUUCCUGGAGUUCGUGAACAACAUCCUCACCACGGGCUGCCUGGUGUCGCUCUUCUCAGAAGAAGACAAGGAUGGCGUUAUAAACAAUGUGUGGCCCAAGGCGGAGGCGGCGCUGAAAGCCAUAGGGGGCUCCACGGCCACUGUCACCAAGGAGACGGUGUGGAAGUGGUUCGCCCGUGACUGCACCUCCCGCCUCCACAUGACCCUUUGCAUGAGCCCCGUGGGAGACGAUCUGCGCACGCGGUGUCGCAAUUUCCCCGGCAUCGUUAACUGCACCACCAUAGAUUGGUUCUUCCCAUGGCCAGAGCAGGCACUCUAUGCUGUUGCCUGUAGCCUCAUUGAUCCUAAGGACCAAAUUGUGCCACGCAGACACUGGGAGGCGGUGAUAGUGAACAUCGUUAACAUCCACAUCUCCGUGAAGGAGGCCUCGGCAGAGUUCAAGCAGCAGCUGCGACGCGAUAACUACGUCACGGCCACAAAUUACAUCGGUUUCAUUGAGGGCUACAAGAAGCUCCUCAGAGAGAAAACAGAAGAAAACGAAGCAAGUCAGGACCGAUUGAAGGUGGGUUUAGAGAAGUUGAAGGAGACAGCCAAACAAAUCGACGAGUUGAACACGAAGAUGGCAAUCCAGAAGGUGGUACUGGAAGAGAAGACGCUGUCAUGCGAGGAGCUGAUGAAGGAGAUUGAGGAGUCCACUAACGCCGCCACUAUCAAAAAGACCGAGGCGCAGGCCAAAUCUAUUGAAGUUGCGGCACAGCAGAAAGUCAUCACCAAGGAGAAGGGCGAAGCUGAGGAUGCCUUAGCCGAGGCCUUACCAGCACUGGAAGCUGCAAAAAGGGCGCUUGACGAGUUGGAAAAAGCUGAUGUCACCGAAUUUCGCGCCUUUGCAACUCCACCUAAACCCGUUCAGCUUGUGGGUGAGUGUCUAUGCCACGUAAUGUCAGCGGCAGAGAUAAGCUGGAAGGCGGCUCGUGGUCUCAUGGCAGACGCCAAUUUCAUUGGUACUCUACAGACCAUGGACUGUGAGGCGAUUCCUCAAAGGAACAUCAACGCCAUCAAAGAUCUCCUCUCCAAGCGUGGUGUUGGCUACGAGGAGGUGCGUGCAGCCAGCAAGGCGGGUGGUGGCUUCUUCAAGUUCAUCCUCUCUGUGGUGAGUUUUUACGAGGUGGCAAAGAUGGUUCGCCCCAAACGGGAGCGCGUGAGGGCGCUGGAGCGCGAGUUGGCCAAAGCAGUGCGCGAAUUGCAGAUGUUGACGGACCAAGUAAAUCAACUGGAGGAUAUGCUGCUUAACUUGCGACGCCAGUUCGCUGAGGCACAAAACGAGAUGGACCGACUGCGGAAUGAGAUGAACAUUAUGCUUCGGCAGCUAUUGGCUGCCGAGAAACUGACUACGGGGUUGGCAUCGGAGAAGAUUCGGUGGAUAGAGACAGUUGCAGCCCUCCAACAUGGCAAAAAGAAGCUGAUGGGUCACUGUCUCCUGGCCUCAGCUUUCCUCAAUUACCUCGGUCCCUUCACUCAGGAGUUCCGAACACACCUGCUGUAUAAAGAGUGGUUCGACAAUCUUGUCAUUGAUGAUAUCCCUAUGACAGAGGGCUUCAAGGUGGAUGAGCUGCUGACCACCGAGGUGGAGAUCUCCAUAUGGAAUUCGCAGGGCCUGCCGCCUGAUGAGUUGAGCAUUCAGAAUGCUAUUCUUACUAUAAAAGGACCCAAAACGCCCGUGUGCAUUGACCCUCAAGGGCAGGCCACCAAUUGGCUUCGUGUGAUGGAACACAACCCCCGAGAUGAGACCCGCUCUAUCAAGAUUACCACACUGAACGACCCAAUGUUUUUGCGUACUUUGGAGAACUGCAUCAAAUUUGGAGUUGCAAUUAUGUUCACUUCGAUUGAGGAGAGCAUCGACCCCGUCCUGAACAACAUCCUAAGUCGGAAUAUUAGAAAGGACCGAGGCAGGGAGGUAGUGGUACUGGGCGACCGGGAGGUGGAAUACGACCAGGGCUUCCGUCUUUACAUGACCACAAAGCUACCCAACCCGCGCUUCUCUGCAAACCUCUUCAGCCACGCCUGUAUCAUCAACUAUACUGUCACACCCACUGGUCUUGAGGGUCAACUGCUCUCUGCCCUGGUGAAGUACGAGCAGAAGGAGUUGGAGGACAAACGGGAGUACCUCAUCAAAGCAACGAGCGAGAACAAGCGUAUAUUGAAGGAGUUGGAGGAUCGCCUGCUGCUAGAACUGGCUACCCAAACAGGCAAUAUCCUCGAUAACUGGGAAUUGAUCGAGACGCUGGAGAAGACGAAAGCCAAGGCUGUGGAGGUGGGCAGAGCCCUCGAACAGACCGCCGCUAUCUCCAUUGACGUGGAUAGGCAGCGCAAUGCCUACCGCCCCGCUGCUCGUCGUGGAGCAAUACUCUUCUUCAUAAUCGCUGAUCUGGCGAUGGUGGAUCCCAUGUAUCAGUUCUCUCUCUCCGCCUUUCUGCAGGUCUUUCUCAAGUCCCUCAAACGCGCCAUGCCAAAUAGUUCGCUGCCUCGAAGACUGGAGAAUAUCAAGUCCACUCUAACCUUUCUUGUCUUCUCCUAUGGCUGUACUGCCAUAUUUGAGGAGCACAAACUUCUCCUCUCCUUCCAAUUGGCCAUCCGUUUACAGCAGGAUGCAAGAAAGCUCCGCCCAAAGGAGCUAAACUACUUCAUUCGUGGCAAUCUCUGUCUGACAGACCAGUACUUUCCCCCACCGCACCCAUGGAUCCCGUUGGCUACAUGGCGGGAUUGUCUCUAUUUGGCCACCUUUCUGCCGAAGAAGUUUGGACAGCUGCCUGAGAGUGUGGUCAAGCAUCCAGAGGUGUGGAAAGAGUGGUACGAAUCAGAGGCGCCGGAAAUAGAGAGACUACCGGGGCGGUAUGACAAACUGACGCAGUUUUCGCGCCUUUGUCUGGUGCGCACGUGGCGCAUUGACAGAGUGCCCGCUGCAAUCUCGCUUUUUAUCAACGCCACAAUGGGCCACAGCUACGUGGCGCCGCCAAUGACCCUGCUCAACGAGGUCCUCGUCUCCACCUCACCUACAAUACCCAUCGUGCUCAUCGUCAAGCCCGGGUCCGACCCACCCGCUGCGCUCACCACUCUGGCGCUCAGUGUCGACUUUGGAGUGAACAGGAUAAAGUAUCUGUCGCUGGGACAGGGUCAAGAGGCGGCCGCAGAAAGCCUCUUCUCUAGUUGCUUGGCAAGGGGUCACUGGCUGGUGUUUCAAAAUUGCCAUCUCCUACUCUCCUACACCUCUAAGCUGGAGAAGAUGCUAGAAAGUGCGGUGAAUCCGCAUCCCGACUUCCGUCUUUGGCUUACCACAGAGCCUGUCACCACCUUUCCUGUCGGCCUGCUCCAAAUCGCCUACAAGGUUGUAAUGGAACCACCGAGUGGACUGCGUCAAAAUAUUAUGGGUUCAUUGAACAAGCUCGACGAAACCCAAUUUGUGGCCUCCACACACCCCAAGUACCGCUCCAUUAUGUUUGUUCUGAUCUUCCUCCACGGAAUUCUGCAGGAGCGUCGACGCUACGGGAAACUUGGCUGGAAUGUCCCAUACGAUUUCGCUGAUGCUGACCUCCUGGUCUCUCUACUCAUCCUGCAGAAAUCUCUCAAUGAAACCCAAGAGGGUGAUGCGAUCAAGUGGCCAAGCAUUAAGUACCUGAUUGGCGAGGUGAUGUACGGGGGACGGACUAUUGACAACUAUGACAGGCGCGUAUUGAAGACCUACAUGGACGAGUACUUUGGCGACUUCCUAUUCGACGAGUUCCAGCCUUUCCACUUCUACUGUGAUAACAAUGUGGAUUAUAUGAUUCCCGGUGAACCGGAUGGAACGACUGAUUACCGCGAAAAUUUCUUAAUAACCUUGGAUGUGUGGCCUGUGCAACAAAGGCCCAACGUCUUCGGUCUGCACCCCAACACUGCAAUCGGAUACGCGGUGAGAUUUGCACGUAGCCUUUGGACGAACCUGCAGAACCUUCUGCCGGAAACGGACAACGUCACAGGCAUUCCGGAUGGUGCUGCGCUCUCGCGAGCUGCUCUGGAUGUAAGUGAACUACUCAAGGAGAUGGAGAAGACUGCUAAUGAGGCGGCGAAAGCAGCAGAGGAACAGGAAACAGCGGAGGUGGAGGAGGGCAGGGAGAAGCUACCACCACCGCCACCUCUCAGAAAGAAGUGGAAGCGAAAGAGGAAAACCAAGCAAAUGAGCACUCCACCUUUGGGGUCAGGUGUGUUGCUAUUUGGAGGAGAAGCUGAAGAGGCGGAAGAAGAGGAAGGGGAAGAAGGAGGAGAGGAAGUAGAGGAAAGAGCUGAGGGGGUGGGAAUGGAGGAAGAGGAAGAAAAGUGGGAUUUAGAUGAGGAGGGUUUAGAAACUGAGGAGUCUUCAAUGACCACACCGGAGGAUGACAGUGAUGAUAACACCACUGUUAACGAGGAGGAAGAACUAGCACCAGGAGUAGAGAAGAAGGCGAAGUCCGCCUCAGCGACGACCACGACCAUGGGUGCAGGAAUGCUGGCGAAAGACGCUGUGCUAGAUGCAAUGGCCACGAGUAUUCUGUCCCGUCUUCCAUCGCCCUUCGACAUGAUUGGCCUGCGCAAGAAGCACAUGGUGGGAGAGAUAUCGCCCACCCUCGUGGUGCUCAUUCAGGAGGUAGAUCGCUUCAACCUCAUCCUACAGGAAAUGCGCUCAUCGCUGCGAGAACUAAGACGUGCAAUUGCUGGCGAGGUGGGGAUGUCAACAGAAUUGGACGAUGUGGCUGCCUGCCUGGGGAGGGGUAGCAUUCCCGCCUCCUGGAGGAGACUUGUACCAGCAACAGAGAAGAGUCUUGCAGACUGGUUGCAACAACUGCUACAAAGACAUGAACAGUAUAAGAAUUGGUCUAACGGGGGAAGGAGCGAGCCCCCUGUGAUGUGGUUAUCAGGCCUCCACCUUCCCCAGUCCUACCUCACGGCGCUGGUGCAAAAGGCCUGCCGGAAGAAUGGAUGGGCCUUGGACAAGUGCACCAUGUCCACCUCCGUCACCGACAUCCUCCCUGCCGAUACCUCCACCAUUCUCAUGGCACCUGACGUCGGUUGCAAUGUGGUUGGCCUGUACCUCGAAGGAUCUGGCUGGAGUGUCGAGGAGCACAGCAUGGUCCAUCAGUCACCGCGAAUGCUGAUCCAGGAGUUGCCGGUGAUUCGCCUCACACCCAUCGAGCGUCACAAACUGAAACUGACGGGUACCGUGGAGGUGCCUGUUUACGUGACGAGCUCGCGACGCAACGCCAUGGGUGAGGGCUACGUCACCAAAUUGGACAUGCCCACCAAUGAGCACGACUCCUUCUGGAUCCUCGAAGGAGUGUGCAUCAUACUUAACACCGACUGA